UAUUUAAGAGAGUACGUGGUCAUACUAGAAUGACAGACAAUUGCAAAAAAUUGUUGUAUUUUGGUUCGCAAAGAUAAAAUUCUAAUCGAUAAGAAAUAAUUGAUUUUGAUUUUUGCUAAUAGAUAUUAAUAAAAGAGCUGUAAAUUUGUGGUGAAUUGUUGUAAUUCAGACUUCAUCAAGCCAUAAAAUGAGGCUAACAUUGUGUACAAUAUUUUUGAUUGUUUCUCUUCACGGGUCUUUUGCACCUCCGGUAACCCAAGACAAAGCAAAAGAUGACAGUGAAAUCAAAGACGACUUGGAAGAUUAUAUGGAGUAUCAUCGUUAUCUGAAAGAAGUGGUCCAAGCCCUCGAAAGUGAUCCAGACUUUCGUGAAAGACUAGAAAAAGCUGAUGAAGAGGAUGUUAGGACUGGCAAAAUUGCUGAACACCUUGACUUUGUCAAUCAUAAUGUUAGGACCAAACUAGACGAAAUUAAACGGAGGGAGUUGGACCGACUACGUCAUUUAGCUACUAAGCAAUUUGAAAUUACUAAUAACCUUGAACACGAAGGGAAAGUUCCGACAAGUGAUCAUUUAGAUCACCACAAUCCACAUACAUUUGAAAUUGAGGAUCUCAAAAAACUUAUAAAGAAAACGACUGAGGACUUAGAAGCUGCGGACAAACAGAGAAAGGAACAAUUUAAGGAAUAUGAAAUGCAAAAGGAAUUUGACAAACAUCAGAAAUUGGAAGGUAUGGAUGAAACACAAAAAAAAGAAUAUAUGGAUAAACUAAAGACUGAAGAAGAUGCUAAGAAACACCACAAACCGAUCCACCAUCCGGGAUCCAAACAGCAAUUAGAGGAAGUAUGGGAGAAACAAGACCAUAUGGACCAACAAUUUGACCCUAAAGCAUUCUUCAUGAUGCACGAUGUUGACGGUAAUGGCGUAUGGGACGCGGACGAGGUAAAAGCUUUAUUUAUCAAGGAGUUAGACAAAUUGUAUGGACCUGGAGGUCCCAACAAGGAUUUGCAUGAGAGAGCCGAGGAAAUGGAAAGGAUGCGGGAACACGUGUUCAAAGAAAAUGACAAAAAUCACGACGGUUUGAUUGACUUCCACGAAUUUAUGACUGAGACCCAACGCGCUGAGUUUAACCAAGAUGACGGCUGGAAAUCCAUUGAUGAGAAUCAAAUUUAUACACAACAAGAGUAUACUGAGUAUGAACGCAGGCGUUUGGAGGAGUUACAUUAUCUUCAGCAACGUGGCCUGGUUGACGCCCAUGGUCGUCCAGUUCCGGGUGCAGAACACCAAUUACAUCAAUACCAACAACAGGUUUAUCAACAACAGCAACAGGCGUAUCAUCAACAACAACAGGCGUAUCAACAAAAUCAACAUUACCAAGGUAACCAACAUUAUCCAGGACAGAUGCCGCCUCAGGGACAGAUGCCACCACAGGGUUAUAUGCCUCCUCAAGGACAGAUGCCUCCUCAAGGACAGAUGCCGCCUCAAGGACAGAUGCCUCCUCAAGGACAGAUGCCGCCUCAAGGACAGAUGCCACCACAGGGUUAUAUGCCACCACAAGGACAGAUGCCACCUCAAGGACAGAUGCCACCUCAAGGACAGGUGCCACCUCAGGGACAUAUGCCGCCUCAGGGACAGAUGCCACCCCAGGGACAGAUACCAGCUCAGGGACAGAUACCAGCUCAGGGACAGAUGCCAAAUCAAGGACAAACACAAGGACAGGUGCCACCCCAAGGACAGUUACCAAACCAAGGGCAGAUGCCAAACCAGGGACAGAUGCCAAACCAGGGACAGAUGCCACCCCAAAUGCCUCCACAAGGACAGGUGCCACCUCAAGGACAAAUGACACAAGGACAGGCGCCACCACAAGGGCAGAUUCCUCAGGGACAGAUACCCCAAGCUCAAAUGACUCAAGGGCAAUCUCCACCACAGGGACAAGCCCAAGUUCCACAAGGUCAAGCUCAAGUCUCAUCUGGAAACCACUAGAAGUAUAAUUUUUUUAACAUGAUUGAUUGAUUGAAUUCACUUCAUUUUUAUAUUUAAUCUGUAGAUAGAAUUCGACUUGUGACACACAAGUAUCACAAAUUAAACAUUAAUAUGUAGAUUACAAUAUUAGAAUGUUGUAUUUUAAAAUUUUAAAUGACGAUUUUCGGAAUUAAUGAUUUUUAUAUUUUUUUAUCUAUAGUAUGCAAAACACACUGUUACUCUUAUACUUGACUUUGACAAUGUACCAAGUGAAAAGAUGUCUUACUGUUUCCAUAGACAAUAGAUUCAUUAUUGCGCUGACUAUCCCACGCAAAUUAACGCACUGUCAAGUGCCAAUAUUUCCUUGCAACUAUAAUCUAUGGAUAUAUUUGAAGAACCUAUUUAAGGUUUAGAUGGCGCUUUUGGAAAAAUAUGAUUUUAAGUAAUAAAACUAAUGUGUCAUCUUAACAUCUUAAAUUUUUAGCUAAGCAACAAAUGUUUUUAUGACUUCCAUCAACUACACAUCAUCACGUUUCAAAGAUUCGCGAUGAAGGCUAUGAAUUAUUGAAUGUUUUUAUAAUAAAAUUAAUUAUAUUUACAUUACUAUAGUAUAGUAUUCAAUGUUCUGUAGUGCCAAAUAAGCACUUAAAAUUGUGUAUUUUAAAUUUAUCAUAAAUAAAUUGACGGAGAUUGUUAGAAUUAGGUUAAUUAAAGCGUUCAUCGAAA